UUUCGCUCUGAGUCUUGAUCUUUGAGUUUUUUCAAGGUUGCACCUGCUGCUGCAUACAGGCUUCACUCGUUCUGCCUUGGUUUUAGCAUUUUACAAAGCAGAAAAACUAAAGUGAACACUGGUGAACGGUUUUGUCCUUUCAGACAUUUGUUUGUUCAUGGUUGGAUUCGUCGGAAGCUGGUACGAUUCCUAGGAUAGGAUGCCGUGAAGUUUGCAGUCCAAUGGAGAUCGAGCGGAGAACUAUGGCAGUGCCGACUUCAUUGGAGAAGGUCGACUGCGACAAUGACAGGCCUUCCGGGUCGCUUUCUCUCCUGCCUAAUACCAUGAAUACUGACUCUCCCUACUCAUCAUCUGUUAGCAACAGCCCUUCUCCGCAUCCUCAGAUGUCACCAGAGAAAGAGUGCCGGCUGGCUCUGCGAUGGUUAAAGCACACUGGAUUCCCUCACUAUGCACAACAAUAUGAGAAUCAAGAAUUUCCCAUCGUGAUUGACGCGGAAAAGCUGGCGGAUGAUCAUGCCUGGCUGAGGACGUAUCCCGAUGCACUGCAGACGUUGCUUGAUCGACUGCAGUUGCUCAACCAAUGUGCUCUGGCUGGCAUCCGGUGCAUUCCAGAUCGGGAGGAUGAUUCUGAUGAUGAGUCCAUUGCAACUACACUCGAGCCUACCAACGUUUCUGAUAAGUUGAGAGGUAGCAAUAUAGCGCCGGCUAGGAAACAAGUCCAUUCGAAGCAGCGUCAUCACACAGAACCGUCUUUAGGCACGAGUAAUAUAUGCCGCCAGCUACCUGUUACCGAUGAAGAGAUAGAUGAGCAAGAUGAGGAGGAGGAUGACGGUGACGAUGAGAAGGGUUCUACUUCUCGCCGGAGAACCUGCCCUAAUCCGCGUGUGAAAUUGGGACGUGGAGCCCGUGUCACAUCGAGACCCAAAGCAGCCUACUGUCGUCAAGCAUCGAUUAUCUCGGAGGAUGAUAGGCCUGACUCUGGUCCGUCGUCGUUAGUAGACGGCACCCAGCUCAAGGAAGAAGAGCUGUGCUUGGUCGAGGACUCAUCCGACGCCUCCACAAUGCCUCAAGUGGAUAUGGGUAGCUUCGGUGAAGUAGGUGUCAUCUUGCACCACAAGCAGGCUAACUCAUUGGUCGAGGAAGAGGAAGUCGAUGAGGAUGGCGAGGAAACGGAAGGGACGGGAACUGAAGAGCUGACUGUCACAACAAGUAAUAGAAGACAACGGUGGCACAGCUUUACCAAUCGUCAUAUGCCAACCAUCGCACAGGACCACGUGCAGAAACCACCGAAUAACCUUACCUGCAGCCUGACUGUCAGCCGGAUGCAAAUGGUGCAGCAUAUGUCACUGCUCAAGCUCACGUCGCAGUUGGAGUGCUACAUCACCCCACAACUGCCCAAAAGUAAACGGCAAAAGAUCAUCAGUUAUUUAGACUACACGAGAAAGAAGACGUUUGACUAUGACAGGACUGCAACAUUAUUUGGAGUUCCGCUGGACGUCCUAACAAGACGCCAUGGUCACCCACUACCACGGCACAUCAUGUUUGCUUUAGACUAUAUCCUAUGUAGAGGGAUUGAAACGCAUGGUCUGUUUCGAGUUGCCGGCUCUUCCAAACGAAUCCGAGAGUUCAAGAAGAAGGCAAGCACAUCGGAGGAUCCCAUUGAUUUUUCUGAGAUUCCAAUGCCAGACAUUGCCUGCCUGGUCAAGGAGUAUUUCCGUGAUAUACCGGGCCGGCUGUUCACGCCAAAAAUGACAGAAGUGAUCAUUUUGAUCGGUGCUUUUGUGCCUGAAGAGUUGCAGAUACAGGCGUUUCAGCACAUCAUGCUGCUGCUGCCUGAUGAGCACAGAGAAACAAUUUUCUGCAUCCUGUCCUUUCUGCGUAACAUCUCUGAACAUCAUGCUCAGACGAAGAUGGACGUCCACAACUUGGCAGUGGUGUUUGCGCCAACCCUGUUCCACCUAACGGCGGCGGGUGAUGUGUCAAACGGUCACACGAGUCCAACAGCGUCUCGUAAACUCAGCAAGUCCAAGAAGAAGGCAGAUUAUGAUGAGAGCUCUAACGCCAUCAGCACUUUGGAGAUGAUGAUCACGAAUGUGGACCACCUACAGCGGGUCCCCAUGGACACGCUUAUGAUCAGCUUACACACAUCGACAAAUCCUCUGGAUUUCACUGAGGCAGCUCACAUCUCAGAACUGGGCAAGGAUGCCGAUGGCGUGGGUGACUAUGUGAACUACGUCGAGUUUUGCUUCCAGGGAAUGCUCAAGGAGCAUAACUCUGGCUAUAAGAAUGGCUGGAUCCAGGUGUCUUCGCCGCAUUCGUGCGAGAUCAGCAAAAAGAAGGUGCGCGACGGCCACAAGUUGCAGCUCUGGCGAGGUGUGGUGGAUGUGCCUGCAAAUCCUGCCGACAUCCAGCGGAGAAUCCUAUGGGAACGGAAUAAUUGGGAUAGUCAGUUUGUAACGUCACAAUGCCUGGAGGUGUUAGAUGACUCGACGGAGGUGUACCAAUAUGUGUGUAGGUCAAUGCCAUCUCAGCCAAAUCGGGAAUCAGUUGUGCUAAGGUCAUGGAUUAACCGUGAGGAUAUCUCUAUCAUCAUGGCUACCAGCGUGCAACACCCGAAGGCAACAUGGCAGGGCGGUGUCGUCAUCACUGAGUUGGCAACACGCUACGUCAUCGAACCACUCGCUGCAAAUCUCUCCAGGCUCACCCUUAUUACCAGGCAUGAUCUAUGUGGUCGGUCACUCAACUUUUACAAGAACUACGGACCGUGGAGUGUGGCGCAGGUGUGCAAUAUCCGUGACUCCUUCUCACCGGAGUUCUCCAUUCAACCGUCACCACGCUCGCGCCCUGGUCCUUCAUACAGUAUCCUGUAACGGAUGGCACCGUGGAGGAAGAAGGCACACGGACAUAUAAUAUUGUAUGAGCGUCUCGAUCUUUCUCCUCCGCUAGCUCUAUCUAGCUCUGUCCCAGUUUAGCCUUUAGGUCUCUAGCUUAUCUGCCUGUCGGCUCUGUGACUGUACCCUGAUAUAUCCCCAUCACCAGUGCCGCUAGCACCACCUACUGGUUGAUCUCUUGCCACUGGUGCUGCUACUCUGGCUUGCUGUGGGUCACGAUGGCGUUUGCACUUCUGGAUACCCUUGUUACUACUCAUUGUCAUUGGAGCGCAACAUUCUCAACUAGGAAGAUGACUUGGCUUCUGAUCAGUGGCUGCCUUGCCGCACCUCGGAGACCUUGCAUCGCGGAGUGUUUGCUAUCCUCGACCUUGACGCUGAAGGUGCAAUGGAAGUAGAGUGUUCAGCCCCUGUAGUAUACUUUCGUCUCCCGUAUGUGUGUGUGUGUGUGUGUGUGUGUGUGUGUGUGUGUAUGCUGUUAUGUUGACUAGACCAUAAUCCACUCUAACCCCACUGUCUGCCGCACUGUCUGUAUAUUGCACUGACAAGCUUUUCCAUUAUAUAUAUUUAUAUAUAGCUGUACAUAGCUUAGUAUGCUCUAGAAAAAUCCUUCAUGCCACAUAGUGCUGUGUGUUUGUUGUUGUUGUUGUCGUUGUUGUUGUCGUCGUCGUUGUUGUUGUUUUUGUUAUUGCUUGCACUUUUCUUGUGGCGGCUUCUUCUUGUCCCGGACGUAGUACCGGUAUAACUUCCGCUCUCUGCCAUAUGCUUUUUUCUGCUGUCUAGCCUGGCAAUAUUCCACUAUUUCUUGUGUGUUUGCUCGCUCCGACUUGCCGCCCGCAGCUAUGUCUGUGCGUAUCGCCUUCCUGUCCCGAUUUUGUUCAACCCUCCCUUUUGGCCGCUGGCUUGGCUCUUUCUGACCGGAUUAUGUCGUUUCUUCUGUCAAAUUCUGAAAUUCUGACCGCUGCUGGAUCCUUGUUGCCAGAACCCCGUAUCUAUUUUUGCUCUACCUUCAACAAGCUAUCUUUCCUCUAUCACAGAAAUAGAUCCAACAAACUUAGACUGAAGUAUUAUGAUACUGUAUACCUAUUACGUGCUUCUAUGCUGGCAAGCAGCCCAACUUUCGAGACUGCAAACUACUUUUCGGUAUGAUUCUCGCAGACAAUACGAUAUAGACAAUGCAUACUAAC